GCAGUGCCUCCUGGCGGCCACAAGGCUUCACUGCGGCUGCCCGCCGGGCUCAGUGUGGGCGCGCAGCUACCUGAGUCGGAGCGCCGCGGUGCGGGGGUGCGGUCGUGCAAUAGGAAGCGGAGUGUCUUGCAAGCUUCCCGUGGGACGCCCGCUAACUCAGCCGGUCACCACGUCUGGUGCAUUCCCAGCCGACCUCUCCGCUUCUCACUUUUGGUGCUCGAGGUGCCCUGCCUGUAGCAGCCAUGCCUCUCAGCCGCAGUCUCUCCAUGUCCUCGCUUCCAGGCUUGGAAGACUGGGAGAAUGAGUUCGACCCGGAGAACACAGUGCUUUUCGAGGUGGCUUGGGAGGUGGCCAACAAGGUGGGUGGCAUCUACACUGUGCUGCAGACGAAGGCGAAGGUGACAGGGGACGAAUGGGGUGACAACUACUAUCUGGUGGGACCAUACACGGAGCAGGGCGUGAGGACGCAGGUGGAGCUGCUGGAGCCCCCGACUCCUGAGCUGAAGAGGACUCUGGAUUCCAUGAACAGCAAGGGCUGUAAGGUGUAUUUUGGGCGUUGGCUGAUCGAGGGCGGACCCCUGGUGGUGCUCCUGGAUGUGGGGGCCUCAGCCUGGGCCCUGGAGCGCUGGAAGGGUGAGCUUUGGGACACCUGCAACAUCGGGGUUCCCUGGUACGACCGAGAGGCCAACGACGCUGUCCUGUUUGGCUUCCUCACCACCUGGUUCCUGGGUGAGUUCCUGGCCCAGAGCGAAGAGAAGCCAUAUGUGGUUGCCCACUUCCACGAGUGGUUGGCAGGCAUUGGGCUGUGUCUGUGCCGAGCCCGGCGCUUGCCGGUGGCCACCAUCUUCACCACACACGCCACUCUGCUGGGUCGCUAUCUGUGCGCUGGUGCUGUGGAUUUCUACAACAACCUGGAGAACUUCAAUGUGGACAAGGAAGCCGGGGAGAGGCAGAUCUAUCACCGCUACUGCAUGGAGCGCGCAGCAGCUCACUGCGCUCACGUCUUCACGACCGUGUCCCAGAUCACCGCCAUCGAGGCUCAGCACCUCCUCAAGAGGAAACCAGAUAUUGUGACCCCCAAUGGCCUGAACGUGAAGAAGUUCUCUGCUAUGCACGAGUUCCAGAACCUUCAUGCGCAGAGCAAAGCACGGAUCCAGGAGUUUGUGCGUGGCCAUUUUUAUGGGCACCUGGACUUCAACUUAGACAAGACUUUGUAUUUCUUUAUUGCUGGCCGCUACGAGUUCUCCAACAAGGGAGCGGAUGUGUUCCUGGAGGCCUUGGCCCGGCUCAACUAUCUGCUCAGAGUGAAUGGCAGUGAGCAAACAGUUGUUGCGUUCUUCAUCAUGCCGGCUCGCACCAACAAUUUCAACGUGGAAACCUUGAAGGGCCAAGCCGUGCGCAAACAGCUAUGGGACACAGCCAAUACAGUUAAGGAGAAAUUUGGGAGGAAGCUUUACGAAUCCUUGCUAGUGGGGAGCCUUCCGGACAUGAACAAGAUGCUGGACAAGGAGGACUUCACAAUGAUGAAGAGAGCCAUCUUUGCCACUCAGAGGCAGUCCUUCCCCCCUGUGUGCACGCACAACAUGCUAGAUGACUCGUCGGACCCCAUCCUGACCACCAUCCGCCGAAUUGGCCUUUUCAACAGUAGUGCGGACCGGGUGAAGGUGAUUUUUCACCCCGAGUUUCUCUCCUCCACAAGCCCUCUACUCCCAGUGGACUAUGAAGAGUUUGUCCGUGGCUGUCACCUUGGGGUCUUCCCCUCCUACUAUGAGCCCUGGGGCUACACACCAGCCGAGUGCACGGUCAUGGGCAUCCCCAGCAUCUCCACCAACCUGUCCGGCUUCGGCUGCUUCAUGGAGGAGCACAUCGCAGACCCCUCAGCGUACGGCAUUUACAUUCUGGAUCGGCGGUUCCGCAGCCUGGAUGAUUCAUGCUCGCAGCUCACCUCCUUCCUCUACAGCUUCUGCCAGCAGAGCCGGCGACAGCGCAUCAUCCAGCGGAACCGCACCGAGCGUCUGUCAGACUUGUUGGAUUGGAAGUACCUAGGCCGGUACUACAUGUCUGCGCGGCACAUGGCCCUGGCCAAGGCCUUUCCGGAUCACUUCACCUAUGAGCCCCAUGAGGUAGAUGCGACCCAGGGGUACCGCUACCCACGGCCAGCCUCCGUGCCACCAUCGCCCUCGCUGUCUCGGCACUCCAGCCCGCACCAGAGUGAGGAUGAGGAAGAGCCCCGGGAGGAGCCCCUGGGAGAAGAGAGUGAGCGUUAUGACGAGGAGGAAGAGGCUGCCAAGGACCGCCGCAACAUCCGAGCACCUGAGUGGCCUCGGCGGGCCGUCUCUUCCUCCUCCACAGGCGGGAGCAAGAGAAGCAACUCUGUGGACACUGGGCCCUCCAGCUCACUCAGCACGCCCACGGAGCCCCUGAGUCCUACCAGUUCCCUGGGCGAGGAGCGCAACUAAGCCCCUCCCACCCCACUCCACUCCCUGCCUGUCCUGUGUCCCUCUUGCAGAGGGCCUAUGCAGAUAGAAGCGUGCCUGAACCUCACUCCAGACCCUGAGCCGGACCCCUACCCAGUGUGGUCCAUAGCCCAGCCUCCGUUUCAGACACUCCAGCCCUGUGACUCCAGUCUUGGGAGUCCCCACACUCCAUGCCGCUGUGCCUUUCUUGGAUUGCAGAAUGCAUUCUUUAUGCCCUGGAGUCUCCAGGCUUAGACUGGGGCCCAGAGGCCAGGAAUCUGCCAUUGCUCUUCAAUGCCAGAGGUUUUAGGACACCUGGUUUCUUGGUUUGCAGGCUGUGGCUUCAUGAUCCUACAACCAUACAGAGUCUGCAUACAGCCUGCCCCUAGGGACCACCUCAGGUUAGCAUCUGUGUGGCCUCCCUGCAACUGGGACAACCAAGUUCAGAGUUAGGACACUUCAGGGAUUAACAGUUCAUGGGCUGAGGGUAGCUCAGGUGGCAGGUUGUUGGCCUAGCUCGAAGCCCUGAGGUCUAGCUCUGGCUCCUCAUAAACCCGGUGUGGAGAGCACACACCUGUAAUCCCGGCAUUCGGUAGGCUCAGGAGUUUGUCCUCCUCCGCUAAUACAUAGGGAGUUCAAGGACAGGCUGGGCGACAUGAGGCACUGUCUCAAAAUCAAAGUAAAUAGAGCAGAAUGCUAUGGUCCUCCAUUUCAACCACAACUGGGAUGCCAGGGCAGGCUGCAAGGUUAGCCUCCCUGGGUAUGUUGUUUCUUCAAGGGAGCAUGCCGAGUUGGACCAGACCUUCUUUCCCCGGGGCCAGUGUCCCCUCUAGGGAACGCCUCCAUGGAGGACAGAAUGGUUGUCAACCCCAUCCCUGCUCAUCCCACUGUGAAACCACUGGGCUCCGGGUCCCAGUGGCUGAAUCAGGAGUCUUGUCACUGUGCCGCACCCUGGUCCCCUUUUCUGAUACAGAGCCGAGUCCACUGGCUUCUUGAAGCCCCACAUGUACCUCAAGGCCUUUUUGCCUGCAAGCUCCGUCCUGUCCCCAGCUUCAGUGAAUGGGCAGGCCCCUCACGUGUGCUGUGUCUGGCCUGGCACCCUUGAUUUGCAUUUGGGAGGGGAAGGGCAGAAGGUGUGUGAUUGGAGUGUGUCCAGAGAUGAAAAAAAUAUAUAUGCACCUGUAUUUAAGAGUUCCAACCACAGCUGGACAUGAGCUCUUGUGUGGGUCUCUCCCCUCGCUUCCCUUUCAGUUUUCGCAGGCUCCUGCAGGAGCCCAGCCUCCUCCUGGUUUUAGUUCUUACCUACUCCCUGGUCUUCUACCUCGUGCUUCUGUGCAAACUUGGACUUGUUCGACUCCGGUGCUCUUAGAAAUGGGGCAUUUGCCUGCUUAGCUUUGAGCUGCAAGUGACAAAACUUGGCUCCAGUGGCCUUGGGUAGGAAGCAGCUGACAAUGGAAGGUGCCCAGGGAAGUCACAAGGGCACAAAGCAAAGGAUCCCAAGUUCACAGCCGAGCUGGACUGUACUCCAGGGCCAGCUCUGCAACUUGGUCAGCCCCAUCCUCAAAAAGUUCAAAGCAGCCUAGUGAUACAGCUAAGCGGAAUGUCGACUCCAAAGUGAGAACCUGGAUUCCAACCGUCAGACAGACCAAAAACUUGAAUCCUGUUUCUCAGUAGUACUGGCUACUUCCCUUGGGGACAUCACCAUCUGAUUGAUGGUAGCAAGACCCCAUGGCCUGCAUUCUUUAGUCUCAGUUAUCUCUGCAUGGCUGAGUUCUUCCUCUAAUUCUCAAAUCCUCUUUUAUAUGACUCUCAGGACUGUUGGGAGUGGAGUGACCCGACUAGAAAACUGUAGUUGUAGCAGGUUGUCUUCCUGUCCACGUGACUAUUUCACCAUAGCAUCACGAGUCUAGCACGGUACAGUGGCACAGGGCUGAGCAGAGUCCAUUGCGGUUUCCUACACUCAUGUUAAAAGGGCCUGUGCUGACACAGCAGCUUGUCCAGGGUCCCAUACUUCUAACCCCUUGGCAGGGCUUAGUGCCCACAUGGACACUGGUCUAGUUUCACAUCCUUUUGAUGGGUGCCACCCUCCCAGCAUGCCUUGCACAUUUACCGGAAGCAAGGCUUCUGCUCGCAUCUCCACCUGCCACCCUUUUCCGUUUAGCCUAAUGCAGUGAUGAGCGUGGCUCAUUUCUGAGCUUGGAUGUUGAGGUCUCUUCACUCCCUGCACAGUGACAAAACAGAUCGCUGCAGCAGACUCCUAGGACCUGCUCUGAGAAGGUAGGUACUAACUACCACGUAGGCAGGUUCAUCACAGGAAACGAGUAGGGGCCACCUCUUUCUCACAUAUAUAGAAAAAUCACCAGCUGCUGUUUUAAAAAGCUUUAUUUUUGCUUGGUCCAAGACUUGAGAGGGGCUUCAGGGCGGUUACAAAGCUGCCUAGUGGCGUGAGAGGUUUACUCAGGGAGGUCCCUAGGGCUGGCUGGUGCAGAGCAGAGGAGGAGCCCCUUGGAAGGUGAGGCUGCCUCCUAGUCGUGCUUCAGAGUGAGGCGCUCAAA